AUGACCGAGCGGGCCAAAGCCCUCCAAGACGCCCAAAAAACACAAUGGGAGCGCUCGAUAUCUUGGGCCAAGGAGCACAGAUACCAGAUUGUCGGUGGCUCGUGGGUGCUUUCCAUGGUCGCCUCCCUCUCCUUUGUAGGGCGAAAUCCUUACCUAUCUUCGGCGCAAAAACUGGUGCAAGCGCGUGUGUAUGCUCAAGGGUUGACGCUGGCGGUCUUGAUCGCCAGCGCAGUGUUUGAGUUGUCGGAUCGGGAUCAAGGAGAGGGGCGGUGGGAGACGAUCAAGGUGCUUGACCCGGAUGACCCGGAACAUAAGCACUUGAUUGAAAAGAAGGUGCACAAGGAAAGUUAUCAGGGGGAGGAUCAGUGGAGAGACAUGGUAGAAGCAGAGGAGCAGAAGGAGAAUCUACGGAAGGACGAGGCUCACCAGAAACAUCAAGAGCGUGAGAAGAAGGAACAACACAAAUCAAAGAGCAAGGACCACGACAAGGCUGGAGAGCAGGCCGCAAAGGAAAAGGAGAAGGACAAGGCGUCAGAACAUGGUGAGAAAGAGAAGGAUCAUAGCAAAGCGGAGAAGCAGAAGGAGAAGGAGAAAUCAAAGUGA